AUGUCGCCAUUCAACUCUUUCAUUGCUGGCCUUCCUAGGCUCCCACCCCGGGAGAGUCGACACCGAAGCUCCAACCCCUUCACUCUCUUGGCGUCACUCACUGCGAUGCAGUGGGCCUUCUUCUUUUCCGGGUGGUUUGCUUGGGUUUGCGAUGCUGUCGACUUCUUUGCCGUUUCACUCUCAACUGCUCGUCUCGCUACCCAGUUUGCCAAGCCGGUCGGCACAGUGACUCUCAGCAUUACGCUCACCCUCUUGUUUCGUCCUUUGGGUGCCUUCAUCUUUGGCAUUCUUUCUGACCGUUAUGGCCGUAAAUGGCCACUUAUCGGCAACCUUCUCUUGAUCGCUGCCUUUUCUCUUGGCACCGGCUUUGUCCAAACCUUUUCGGCCUUCCUUGCUCUUCGAUCCAUGUUUGGUAUUACAAUGGGAGGUAUCUGGGGCCUGGCGGUAUCGAUGUCGCUGGAAAACAUGCCCGUGGAGGCGCGCGGUUUGUUUUCCGGAUUCCUGCAGCUGGGUUACCCCGUUGGCUACCUGAUCAUUGCUGCGGUCAACCUCAACCCCUACAUCCAGAAGCAGCAGCACUGGCGUGUUCUCUUCUACACCGGCGCCGGCAUGUCCCUCUUCGCCGCCGUUAUCCGUCUCCUUCUCCCCGAGUCGGCAUACUUCAAGGAGCGCCAGCAGUGCCGGGCAGAGCUCGAGGCGGACGGCGCCAUCACAAAGAGUGCCACUAUGACUACUCUACGCGAGCUUGGCAAGACCCUCAGAGUUCACUGGGCGCGUUGUGUCUGGAGUGUCAUCUUCAUGAGCGCUUUUAACUUUUACUCCCACGGGUCGCAGGACCUCUAUCCCACGUACGUCCAAAUCGACAAGGGUCUUUCACCCCACCUCGCCACCGUCACCACGAUCAUUGGCAACUGUGGCGCGAUUGCAGGCUGCACCGUUGGAGGCUUUGUCUCGCAAUUCCUCGGCCGCCGCCUUACCAUUAUUGUCAUGGCCGUCUUUUGCUGUGCCAUGCUUCCACUUUGGCUCCUUCCGACGUCGUUUGCCGGUCUGGCUGCUGGAGCGUUCUUUGUGCAGGCGGGAGUCCAAGGCGCCUACGGUGUUGUUCCCGUCUACCUCAGCGAGAUCUCACCUGUAGCUUUCCGUGCCACUUGGCCAGGUGUUGCCUAUCAGCUGGGCAACAUGGUUGCUUCUGCGUCGGCUCAGAUCGAAGCCACCGCUGGCGCCAAAAUCAAGGACCCCACCACCGGCAAACCAGCCUAUGGCAAGGUGGCCGCCAUUCUUAUCGCUGUGUCCGCCGUCGUGCUCAUUGCUUGCUGUCUUGUUGGCGCGGAAGACCACGGCGCGCACUUUGAGAACGGUCGUGCGGCAUUCGAGAAUGACGCCGGACUCGACAUUGUCGAGGACCCCGAGAGGCAGCUGUCCAAGGUUGUGUCCAACGGUGACCAGAAGGACCAGGUGAAGGUCUACCACAAGGAGCAUGUGUGA